CUAUGCAGCAAAGUGUUAUUUUGUUUUAUCAAUUUAUACAGUGAUAUUUUAAUUCAAAAUUAGAAAAAUACUGAUUUUAGUUGUAUAAUCUGAUAUAAGAAUAUAAGAUUAUAUAACUUUGUUGCAUAAAUAAGCGUUGAUUGGGAAUAAAAAUCGUCUUCGUCGUUCACAAACACGUCAAACUUGACAGACUUACAUACGGUCGAGGAAUGGAAGACCAUUGAUAGCGGAUUAGCUGGCUUACAUAUUCAACAAGAUGUGUGGCUAGACCCAAAGUUUGAAUGUCGUCCCUACUGUCAGAGUGCUUGGAGCUGUAAAGCCCGUCUUGUAAGAGCAACCAGAGGCCAGGCUCGUCUCAAGAAGAAAAGUCAUGCUCUAACAAUCCAAUUCAAAACCAUCCUUAAAAAAUCGUCACAACAACAAAAUCAAUGGGAGUUAUAAUGAAAAAUGUUCCUUCUACUACAAAUUGGUAAACUCGUUGAAGAACCGUGGAAUUGAACCAUUUAGAUGAUUUCCUGCAAGAUUGAACACCUAGAGAUUCUUCAAAUUGGAUAAACAUUGGGUAUUUUCCAGAUAUCUAAUUAAAUCCAAGGUUACAAACCCUAAGGUUUUCUAAAUCUCUGAAAUUGGAUUUCAAAUUCCAAUUGAGCAUGUUCCCUUCGAGAAUAAUCACUACCAUCUUCUUCAUAUCCCAAAUUUCAUCAGGAAUUAAUUAAACGGGAGCGAUAAGAUUCGAAGUUCUAAAAGCUUUGAGACAACAUUUGACAACUUACCUAUUAAUUUCGCACUACGACCCACACAAAUUUCCUUAUUCAAAAUCCAUACAGUUGAAAUAAACAAUAUUCAUUACAAGUGUAAGAGUCUGAAUUACCUCCACCAGUGAUAUUAAGAGCUACAACUCGAUAAUAUGACAGGCAAUGGACUCCGACCCACGAACAGAGAGCCGAAUAACUUUCUCUCCAGCUUGCCAACACUCCUGACGGGUUGGAAACAGAGUUCUUAACUCCAUCACUGACGAUUGUCCAAAUCACUGUCGAAAACGGCGUAGGAACUGAAGUAAACAGUGAUGAUCUAGAGAAGUAAUAGUAUCUUUAAGGGUUUGCUUUAACAUCAUGUGUGACUCGUCUUGGAGAUCGGAAAAUAGAGACUGGUUCUUGGCCCCAUUGGUGGGGAUGAAGAUGUAACGCCCAUAGAUCUGGUCUAGUCAAUUUAGAGAUAAUGUAACAGCCCGGAUUUCCAGGGAAAGGAAGAAUUAGCUAAGGGAAAGCAAGAGGAGCCAUUUCCUGAAGGUUUGAGGUCCAGAACAUCACAUUGAGGAGGAUUAUAGCUCGGAGGAUCGAGCACGAGGGAUUUCCAGGUUUCGUGAGUCAUCGAGAUACGCGAGAGGUAGAUCAUGGUGAGGACACGCUUGAUGCCUGAGAGCAGUGGUACCAGCGAUGAGGAGAUCCGCCGGAUCAUCCAUGAGGAGGUGGUUGCGGCCAUCAGGGCAGAGAUACCGGAGAUGUUUGGGUCUAUAAAGACCACGCUGAUCGAGACUUUUGACGAGCGUUAUGCCGCUCUUUCUGAGGCUGAUGUUGAAGCGGCUACCGCAGCGAUUGUUGUUGCGAGGCCGCAAGGUGGUGAUGCGUUGCUGUUCCGGGAGUUCAGCAACACCAAACCACCAGAGUUUGAUGGGACCCAGGAUCCGGUGGCAGCGAUGAGGUGGAUAUCUGAUAUUGAGGGGUGCUUCUUCACUUGCUCAUCUCUUGAGCAUUUGACGGUCCGGUUCGCGCUGAACCAGCUUCGCUUGGGAGCGAAGGACUGGUGGAAGUUUGUGACGGCGCAUUAUAUGCCUGCUGAGCUUGCGGCAGUGACCUGGGAGAGGUUCACUUUCAUGUUCCGAGAUGAGUACGUUCCCCAGGUGGAGAGGGAACGUUUGGCACAAGAGUUUUUGACCCUCAAGCAGGGUAUUGAGUCAGUUACAGCGAUCACGAGGAUGUUCCAUGAGAGGGCGAUGUUCUGCCCUGAGCACGUGUCCACUGAGCAGGCACAUAUGAGCUGUUAUUUGAGUAUUUUGAGGCGGGAUAUUCGGGAGUUCGCUGCGAACUCCUCGUAUCGGACAUUUGCUGAGCUUCAGGCAAAUGCCCGGAAGAGGGAGAUUGAGCUUGAGACUCAGGCCAGGGAGGAGGCGGAGUCUCAGGGGAGGGAUCGGCGACCGGCACAGUCUCAGCCGGCAGCCAAGUGGGCCAAGCCCGCUGAUCCCAAACCAGGGAGCCAGAAGGGCCGCACUUGUGGGAAGUGUGGCAAGGGUCACGAUGGAGUCUGUAGAGCGAGAUCUUGCUACAAAUGUGGCAAGGAGGGGCAUAUGGGCAAGGAUUGCCCCAAGGGGUUUGCAGUGUACUUCCACUGCAAUCAGACCGGACACCAGAAGGCAGAGUGUCCGCAGUUGCAAGGGUCAUCUCAGGGAGCACCUCAAGGAUCUGCCCCUACCGCCAUCAAAGCUACAGAGAGUCGGCCAGUGAAGGCCGAGGCGCCGAGGGCACGAGGGAGAGCCUUUCAGCUGACCGCGGAGGAGGUCCGUGCAGUGCCCGAUGUCGUGGCUGGUACUUUUCUUGUGAAUUUUGUACCUGCCUUGGUGGUAUUUGACUCGGGUGCGAGUCGGUAUUUUGUAUCUUUGGCUUUUAGUCAGCAUAUCAGUGUUAGUCGUGAGGCGUUGAGUCGGCCUCUGAGAGUUUCCAUAGCUGAUGAGAGGGUGAUAUAUGCCACGGAGGUUCUCCGAGGUUGCGUAGUUGAGAUAUUCGGUGUUGAGUUCCCGAUUGAUCUGGUUUCUAUUGCUAUGGGUGAUGUCUGUGUCAUUGUGGGCAUGGAUUGGUUGAGCAGAUUCAGUGCGGUUAUCGACUGUGAGCGACAGCUGGUGACCAUACGAGACCCUAGUGGGUGAGUUCCUUCGGUAUACGGCGAGGGUAUACGUUUAGGAUCAGCGUUUUGUUCGGCCGCUAGAGCGAGGCAGUGUCUGCAGCAGGGAUGUAAGGGUUUUGUGGCGUAUGUGAUGGAUACGCGGGUGGCUUCCGAGAGGGCGAGUUCAGUUGAGGAGGUUCCGGUGGUGCGUGAUUUCCCUGAUGUGUUUCCCGAGGAAUUGCCGGGUGUGCCUCCUGUGAGGCAAGUGGAGUUUAGUAUCGAUUUGGUUCCGGGGGCCGCGCCUAUCGCUAAGGUGCCUUAUCGCCUUGCACCUCCAGAGAUGCAAGAGUUAUCCUCACAACUUCAGGAGCUGCUGGGGAAGGGGUUUAUUCGGCCGAGCAGCUCACCGUGGGGAGCACCUAUCUUGUUCGUCAAGAAGAAGGAUGGUUCACACCGGAUGUGCAUUGAUUACCGGGAGUUGAACAAGUUGAUAGUCAAGAACCGUUACCCGUUGCCGAGGAUCGACGAUUUUUUCGAUCAGUUGCAGGGAGCAUCUUGGUUUUCCAAGAUCGAUUUGAGAUCGAGAUAUCAUCAGGUGAGGGUGCGGGAUGAGGACGUCUAGAAGACAGCGUUCAUGACGCGUUAUGGGCAUUAUGAGUUUGUGGUGAUGCCUUUUGGGCUCACCAAUGCCCCGGCAGUGUUCAUGGAUCUCAUGAACCGAGUGUGUAGGCCGGUGCUGGAUCGGUCGGUGAUUGUGUUUAUCGACGACAUUCUGGUAUAUUCGAGAUCUAGAGAGCAGCAUGAGGAGCAUCUGAGAGAGGUUCUUGGAGUUCUGAGAUCGGAGAGGCUUUAUGCCAAAUUCUCCAAGUGUGAUUUCUGGUUGCGGGAGGUUCAAUUCUUAGGACAUCUCGUUAACCAGGAAGGGAUAUUGGUCGAUCCGACCAAGGUUAAGGCAGUGAUGGAUUGGGAGGUGCCGAAGUCACCCUCCGAGAUCAGGAUUUUCCUAGGGUUGGCAGGGUAUUAUCGGAGAUUUAUCAAGGAUUUCUCCAAGAUCGCAGUGCCACUCACCAGAUUGACCCGGAAGGGUGUUGCUUUCUCAUGGGGUCCUGAGCAGCAGGCCUCCUUUGAGACACUUCGCCAAAGGUUGUGCGAAGCCCCGAUAUUAGCUCUCCCGGAAGGGAUUGAAGACUUUGUGGUAUAUUGUGAUGCAUCGAUUUUGGGAAUGGGAGCGGUGCUGAUGCAGAGGGGGCAUGUGAUAGCUUAUGCAUCGAGGCAACUGAAGCCUCAUGAGACGAGAUAUCCCACCCAUGAUCUAGAGUUGGGGCAGUGGUGUUCGCCCUCAAGAUUUGGCGUCACUACUUGUAUGGGGUUCGGUGUACGAUAUACACGGACCAUAAGAGUUUGAAGUAUUUGAUGGAUCAGCCCAACCUAAAUAUGCGACAGAGAAGGUGGUUGGAUGUGGUCAAGGAUUAUGAUUGUGAGAUCUUGUACCACCCAGGCAAGGCUAAUGUGGUUAGGGGCGAGUCUAUGUGUAUUGAAGGUGGGUCACUUGACCCACCUAAUUUUCUUUUCCUUAUAAGAGUUUAUUGAUAAAUAUAAAUUGUGACCUAUCUUAAAUAUUUAAAGUGAACUACCUUAAAUCAAUUUUAUGUUUUUGAAAAAAAAAGGUAUAAAUCAAGAUUCUUAAAGACCACAUUUUAUAUUUUAUGGCCAAAUAUUCAAUUCAUUUAAGAUAUAAUCCAAUAAAAAUAGUUCAAAAUAAGUUAAACAUAGAUAAAAGAAAAAAGGCAAAACAAAGAGGUGUUUUUACCACCUCGUUUCUUCUCCCGCUUUAUAUGGGAUAUAUAUAUAUAUAUAUAUAUAUAUAUAUAUAUAUAUAUUCAUUGUCUACUGAACCCACUUAGUGAACCACAUGAUUUUACUUUCUAGACUCGCCACUGAAUGUGGUAGCCGAUGCGUUGAGCCGCAGGGCGGAGAGCACUCCACUGCGGGAUGUAUGUUUGAGAUUGACCGUGAUAGCUCUGGUAUUGGACGCCAUUCGCGGGGCACAGGUCGAAGCUGUGCAACCUGAGGUGCAGAAGAGGGAACGGGUUGUUGGUUUGGUUUCAGAGUUCGUGACUGAUGUUCGGGGUCUUAUGACAUUUCAGGGUUGUAUCUGGGUACCGUUUGUGGGAGGAACGCGUACCACUUUGAUGGAGGAGGCUCAUCGGUCAAAAUUUUCGAUCCAUUCGGGGGCCACUAAGAUGUAUUUGGAUUUGAGAAAGGAGUAUUAGUGGCCCUGUAUGAAGAGGGACGUCGCAUGGUUUGUUGAGAGGUGCUUGACCUGCCGUAGGGUUAAGGCCGAGCACCAGAGGCCGCAUGGCAAGUUGCAGCCAUUGGAGGUUCCCGAGUGGAAGUGGGAACAGAUCACUAUGGAUUUCAUCACCAAAUUGCCGAGGACUGCCAGAGGAGUUGAUGCAAUUUGGGUGAUUGUGGACAGGUUGACGAAGAGCGCUCACUUCCUUGCCAUUAGUGAGAGUUCUUCAGCAGAGAAAUUGGCGGAGGUGUAUGUGAGGGAAGUGGUAUCUCGGCAUGGGGUUCUGAUCUCGAUUGUUUCGGACCGUGAUGUGCGUUUCACUUCCAGAUUCUGGAAGAAAUUUCAUGAGGAGUUGGGUACUAGAUUGCAUUUUAGUACCGCAUAUCAUCCCCAGACAGACGGUCAGAGUGAGCGGACGAUUCAGACGCUUGAGGACAUGCUCCGGGCAUGUGUGUUGGAUUUCGGGGGUAGCUGGGAUGCGUAUUUACCCUUGGCAGAGUUUUCCUACAACAACAACCAUCAUUCGAGCAUUGGUAUGCCACCCUUUGAGCUGUUGUAUGGGAGGAGGUGUCGGACCCCCAUUUGUUGGGGACAGGUUGGGCAGCGAGUGAUGGGCAGUACAGAGAUCGUGCUUCAGACGACAGAGCAGAUUCAACAGGUCAGACAGAGGUUGUUGACCGCUCAGAGCCGAUAGAAGAGUUAUGCAGACAGACGCCGGUCCGAGCUUGAGUUCCAGGUCGGCGACUUCGUUCUCUUGAAGGUCUCUCCUUGGAAAGGAGUGAUUCGAUUCAGGAAGAGGGGCAAGUUGGGGCCCCGGUAUAUUGGUCCAUUUCGUGUGAUCGCGAGGGUAGGCCGGGUAGCCUAUCGUUUGGAUUUGCCAGUAGAGUUGGGGCAGAUUCAUGACACUUUUCAUGUGUCGCAGUUGAGGAAGUGUAUAGCCGAUGAGUCGGCAGUGGUUCCAUUAGAGGAUAUUCAGGUGGAUGCGAGCCUGAAUUAUGCCGAGACACCAGUGGCCAUCAGAGAUCGGAAGAUCAAGGUUCUGAGGAACAAGGAGGUACCUCUGUUGUUGGUUCAGUGGCAACAUCGGAAGGGAUCAGAGACGACCUGGGAGCCGAAGCGUGAGAUGCGUGAGCAGCAUCCGAAGCUAUUUUCAGAGCGAGACUUCGAGGGCGAAGUCUAGUUCUAGUGGGGGAGAGUUGUAACAGCCCGGAUUUCCAGGGAAAGGAAGAAUUAGCGAAGGGAAAGCAAGAGGAGCCAUUUCCUAAAGGUUUGAGGUCCAGAACAUCACAUUUAGGAGGAUUAUAGCUCGGAGGAUCGAGCACGAGGGAUUUCCAGGUUUCGUGACUCAUCGAGAUACGCGAGGUACUAGCGAUGACCGUGGGAAGGCGCCGGCUUGAUCUGUACACACGCUUGGGAUUUUCGAUAUACAUUUGAUCUUGGGAUUUUGUAUAAUGUGAAUUGGGAUUUAAACUUAAUGUUUUGAUGAAAAGUUAAUGAGAAAUGUUUUAUAAAUUGUGAAAAAUUAUUUUGAAAUUCACGGUGUUACAGAUAAUAGGGGUCGAAAACGACUUUUCAACAAAAUAUUAUUUAGAAUAAAUAAUCUUAACCAAGUUGUAGAAUAUGUCUCAAGGGAUCCGCACAUAUAAAGAGCGCCGAAAUCCGAGUUAUAACGAAGAAGUUAUGACCCGUCGAAGUUUAGUGACGGAACCAGCACGACACCGCGAAGACGUAAAUAGUGAAUUUAUGAUAGAGCAUAUUUUAGCCUUAGUAAUUUAAAUGAAAGUCGUAGAAUAUGUUAACCUGAGAGUGUCCAUAAAAAGAACGCCCAAAUCUGACUUUUUAUGAGGAAGUUAUGAUUUUUCGAAGUUUCGGCUUAGCGAUGUACAACUCGAAGUUCGAGUAUUAGAUUGAGCGGUUUUUAGCCGACACAGCCUAAACGAGAAUCGUAGAUCUCGUUAUUAGUAGCGUAACGAUAAAAAGAGAGACGAAAAUGGACAUCGGAUGAAGAAGUUUUGAGAUUUUAACGGACCAAUCCUGUCCCGGCCUGUUAAAAAUAUAACUUUAAAAAUAAAGUCAAAAUUAACCGACGGAGUCUAAACGAAAGUUGUAAAGUACGUCUCCACUUACGCGUGGAUAUAAGCGCUGCACGAAUCUUUCUUAGAAAGAUUCAGCGACGGAGUUCUGCCC